AUGGAGUGCAACGACUUGAACGCAGGUCAGAACAUCGAGGCAGAUACUGUGCAAAAUUGCGCAAAUUCUGGACAAGCGGCAGGUCAACCUAAUGAUAUUCGUAUCCUCGACUGCGAAGAUGAGGAUGAUGACGAUGAGGAGUUGACCGAACUGCUACAGCAACAGCAGCAGGACUUGGCUGAACAACAAUGUCCUCCGCCAGCUGAAUUGGAGCCAGAACAGCCAUGUAGAAGCUCGGGACUUCCGGAGGUUACUACAAUCGACGGCAAUGCCCUGCUUAGGUUACCAAUGGUACGAGUGGACUUUGAAAAGCUCAUUCCAGACUCUCAGACAGGAGUUGACAUUCCAUUGUGCAUAGCAGGACCCCUCUUUGGCAUGCUUGAGGCUCUACGCUGCGAGUUGAAAUCUCGUGGUACUAAGCCAUUCUUUGAACGAAUGGAGGAGUUAAAAUCCGAUGAUAAGUACGAAAGACUUGAUCGAGAAGUUAUAACCUGGCUAUAUCACAGCUGUCGACUUUAUUCAGAAUCUCGCUUCCUCUUUCAGGAAACUGAUUCACUCUAUGCCUUUCACGUUAGCACACGCAUUAUCAAUAUGAUUAAGCCGAAACUGUUUCCCAUAUCCAAAUUCCUCGCCCGCCAAGCCGAGCAAACCAACUUAUAUUGCGCGAAAAUGCCCUUCCUGGAGACACGCCGAUUUGCAUCGAACGUCGUUGAGCAUUGCGAUGACGGUAGUACCAUGCCGUUGGAGGAUCUUCUUAGUCCAGAAAGAACUGAAGUGGCCUUAAGCACUAUCAACAAUUUCAUCGCCAUGAUUGUGUUUGAUCUCUAUCAUAUAGAGCGUCGAGAGAAUCGUGAUAUUGUGCGUUUCAUUUUCCUUAUUUUCAUACAAGCCUUCCGAGAGUAUAUAGAGCGAAUAAACCCCGAUUCUUCCAUUCCUCGCGAUUCACUUUAUAGUCUGCAUACGGUUCAAAAGUCUUCCCAUAUCUACAAACCCAUGCUUGGCACCGUUAGCCUGUGCUUAGGCAAGGGGCUCAUUGGCGUGCCAAUUUUUUGGAUUGCUGACAUCUUCACCCGUCACUUUGGGCUUGAGUCAAUAGAUAUAGAGGCAAACUGCUAUCGAAACCGGUUGGUAAAACGGAUAGUUGAGAAUGUCCUCACCAUUGGCUCACCUACAGCCUUCUUGAAAGGCAAUGAACUAGUGCUGAAGACGAUGGUGGAUGGGUGGAUGCAUCUCAAGGCAGAACACCUUAGUCAGGUUCAAAAAUUGAACUCAAACCUAACAGAGGAGACCUACCCACACUCUCUGGAUACGCAGUCUCAAGCAUCAAGAGCCGCUCUGUUUAAAAAGCCCCCCAUUCCUACAAUCGGAGGUCACUGUGCAGAUCGUUUGAAGCAUUAUUCACCUAAUAGGAGUUUUGCAACUACUCCUGAAACUGUUACUGAAGGAAACCCCUCCUUUGAAGCCUCACAAUGCCCACCUAAUUUCCGCCCCACCCCGUCUGUGCACGCAAAUCAAUGUCUAUAUGGAGUGCGUUCUCAGGAAUGUUCACCCUCCAGGUGCCCUGUCAGUCAAAUUGAAUAUCAUUCCGAAUUGUCAUCGCCUUUUAAACGUCUACAUUUUCCGCCUGGCUUUUAUACCUCUUCAACUUCAUCCAUUGACCCAACAGAAACUAAUGUUCGAAAUUCUCUACCUCCACGGGGUCCUCCAAAUCCCAUGAGAGCUCAAUCUGAAGGUCGCGUUCCUUUGAAACCUCAGUAUAUACCAGGAUUUUCGGACUCUUUACCCCCACCUUUGAAACCAGCUUCAGGUUGUAUGAAAAAUUCUGCAACUACAUGGGGUUCCCAUUACUUGACUGGAAUGCGUUCUCAAGUGUAUCAGCCUUCCAAUUGUUCCUUAACUCAAACUACGUGUCAAUUUGGAGGACCACAAUAUCCGCCUGCAUUCCGCACCAAUCCAUCUUCACCCAACUUACAGGGCUAUUUUUCCCCAAGAGGUCAAUCUGGACUGCGUUCUCAAGGAAAUCGUGCUGAGGUUGCCUUGCCUUUAAAUAAACCACAAUAUGCUCCAGACUCUUGCACUCCUUCCAUUCCACUUAUGAGGCCAACGGUAGUCAAUAAGAAGCUGCUUUUGCCAUCACUGGGGGUUUGUGAUCAAAUGAGAGCCCAAUUCGAAGCACAUCCUCUCAUAAGCCAAAAGAGCUUAUCAAAACUAGGUGAUCCUCCUACGGUGCCGAUAAAGACCACCGAAGCUUCAAAUCAAGGCCAUUUUUCUUUAAUGGACUUUAAAAGUCCAACUGCUCCUUCAUAUCAAUUCCAUGGAACCUAUGCAGGCUUUCAGAAUGUGAAUGCUGCUGGUGGCUCAGAUUGUAGCCCCUCGGAUGAUUCUCCAAACACAACUGGAGUUAAGAUCUCAGAAUUGCCAUCCUUAAGGAGCCCAUGUCCCCUAAUUCAGGCCGGCCAGAGUGAUUCCUGCGAACGGCCUCAUCAGCGUUUUGGAGUACCGGUAUUUUUGGACGAUCUCGAGGUUAAAACUUCGUGUGAAAUGGAAUCCGACGAGAUUGCGGCUUUCAAAUGCCCAUCUUCCAACCAGCCAAGUAUUGAAAAUGGAAUUACUGAUCAACCCUGCCCACCUACAAUUUGUCUACAAUUUGGAACUGCUACAACUCAAACUAAGGUAUCUCAACCGUCGAGUAGUUCCCAUGGUAUAAGUGUAUCCCCAUGUGCUCGAUCAUGUCCGCAGUCACUCGGUGCCCAGGAUGUUAACGUGUCUCCAGGAGCCAGUAGUCGCCAAGGUGUACAUUCAUGCCCUUGUCCUCAAAAUUUCACACGGAAGGAUGAUGGUCCUGAGGUCAAUAUCUUCCAGUGCAUCCCACCAUCCACAAGGUCAAGCGGUCUCCAGGAGGAAAACGCGUUACAAUGUACUCAGCCAUCCACACAAUCCAGUGGUCUCCAGGCUCCCAACGGCUCGCCUUGUGCUCAGCCAUCAACACGA